AUGGGGUACAGCCACGAUACCAUAUUUUCCUGCUCGCCCACUACGACUACUACCGUUACGGUUACUGCUACUAUUACUGCAGCAGCAAUCCCUGGCUCUUCCGACGUUGACCUAUUUGUUGCUUUAUUCACCCAAUUUCUUGCUCUUCUUGAGCGCCUUUUUGAUAUCCUCACAAAAGCGAUUGAUAAUGGGCUCGAAACAAACUGGAUUAAUAGAGGGAUGCAUUGCAACGACUACCGGGUCCCCAAGGCAUACCAGGUCCCCAAGGCAUACCAGGUCCUCAAGGCAUCAAGGGUCCUCAAGGUCCCGCUGGAGUUAAUGGCCUUCAAGGUGUUCAGGGUCCUGCUGGAGUUAAUGGCUUGCCAGGUGCUGCUGGAGCAGCUGGUCAGAACGGUAUUAAUGGUAUUCGGGGCAGUGAUGGCUCUCCUGGCCGGCAAGGACCACAAGGUCCUCGAGGCCGGCGUGGUAAGAGAGGUUUUAUUAGACCCUCUGGAAGCUACCGAAGAGUCAUCAUCAGAACGAACCACCGAAUCCGAGGCCGUCGAAUCCAAGACCGCUGAGUCUGAAACCACAACAUCUGAACAAGCAAGCACCUCCACUGCCACAAGUGAAGCAGAACCACAGCAAAGUUCAAGCCAGGAUAUGCCUACGACCACGAGAUCCGCUGGAGGUAGCACGACAACCAAAUACAGCAACGGAGUCAACAAUGACAAAGACACCGACGAUGCCAAGGAUAAUGGCAGCAAUAGCAAUAGCAAUGAUGACGACAAUGGAAAUGGGGGGUCGAAGUUGGGUUCAAUGAGUAUGCCAGGACUGUCCAAGAUGCACCUACAAAAGGGAGAGCAGUCUAUCAUCGAUUAG